AUGAUUGAUCUAAAGUCUAAAAAGAUAAUCGUCACUGGUGGAGCCAGAGGCAUAGGCCUUGCAAUUGUGACCGUCAUUAUUGAGGCAGGCGGACACGUAGCAAUUAUCGAUCUUCUUCCACAGCCACACCCCGAUUGUCAAGCACUCAUCGAGAAAACAGAGAACUGUCAUUAUUAUACUGGGGACAUAACGAAGCUAGAAUCGUUGGAAUCUGCUUUCGCUAAGUGUGUGAGUGCACUGGGAGGCAGCAUUGACGCAAUCGUCACCAAUGCAGGCAUUGGCACGGACAAACCCUUUCUUGAGCACACCCUGGAGGACUUCAACAGAGUAGUAUCUGUCAAUCAAAAUGGGACAUUUUUCCCAACUCAACUCGCAGUUAAACAAUUACUAUCACAACCGCUUAACGAAGUAACGAAGACUAGAGGUAGCAUAGUGAUGAUUGCUUCCCAAGCAGCAUCCAAUAAGUGUCCCGGGCACUUCUUGACGGCAUAUGGUGGAACAAAAGGAUUUGUGAAGUCAUUUUGUCUACAGCUUAGCCAUGAGCUUGCGGCUGAGGGAAUCAGAGUCAACAGCAUAAGUCCCGGCACACCUACAACAGGAGCUGAUUUUGGGAAUAGCUAUAUCGAAACAGAUCUGAACUUGGAACUCGCCAAAAGAAGACCAGAUGUCAACUACUAUUUCCAGGAAGCGCCGCCAAUGAAACGCUUAGGUCAGCCGAGGGAUAUUGCAGGUGGAGCUUUCUACCUACUAUCCGAUGCAGCAACCUAUGUUACUGGGGUUGAUCUUAGAAUCGAUGGUGGGAUGAGUGCCGGAAGUGGUCUUUCGCGCUGA